AACAUACUUACCUGGACGGGGUCAACGGUUGAUCAAGAAGGUCCGUGGCCUAGGCUAGUGGCCCCCAUUGCACUUAGGGGGUGCGCUGGCUUACCAUCUGCCCACGUGGCAGAGUGGACGUCAUAAUUUGUGGUAGAGGGGGUACGCGCACGCGCGGCCCCUGCCAAUUUUAUAAUAUCUAAAUUUAUAAUUAUUAUUUUUUAUUUUUACCAUUAAUUACUACGUUUAUGAAUUAUUAUUUAAAAUCAACUUAAUAAAAGAAAUAAAUAAAUAAAUUCUCUAUUUAUCUUAUAUAAUAAUAUUGUGUCCAGAUAGUCACUAUUUUAGUGGUGGUUAUCUAUGCAUCAUCAUCAGUAUGCUCUUCUUUGUUCUUCUUCUCAUCGUCUUGUUCCUCUUCGAUCUUCGUUGAUCCAAUCGAGGAAGCUCGGUGGAUUGGUUGAAUGUUAUCGGUAUGAUGUCUUCUUCUAUCGUCGGCGUUUUGGUGUCAAUUGGAGCUUUAAGGAGGAGAAGUGGAAGGAGAACCAGAGGAGGAGGGGUUCGGCGUGCGUCGCUGUGAGAGCGAGCAGGAGAGAGUCUCCUUAUGAGGUGCUUGGUGUCUCUACCUCGGCUUCUCUUCAGGAAAUCAAGAGGGCUUACCGGAAACUCGCCCUCAAAUACCACCCUGAUGUUAACAAGGAGCCGAACGCCCAGGAGAAAUUCAUGCGAAUUAAACAUGCAUACAAUACAUUGCUGAAUCCAGACUCCAAGUACAAAUAUGCUUAUAGUAGUAGUUCAGAUUAUGCUCAGACAUCGGAAAGGAACAGAAAGACCACUGCUCAGGAAGAAGAUUUCUAUGGGUUCGGGGACUUUUUCCAGGAUUUGCAGAAGGAAUUUCAGAAUUGGGAAGCAGACAUUAAUUCUCAAGAUAAACCGAAAAGCUUGUGGGAGGAAUUAGCGGAAAUAGGUGAGGAGUUUGUUGAAUUCUUAGAGAAGGAAUUGAAUAUCAAUGAUAUAAGUCCUGAGGAAGCUGGGGGCACUGAUGAAUUUUCCAAGGAUAAUUCAAAUGCAAAGCCUGGAGUAGAACAGAGGAAUAAUGGUGGGGAGAUGGAUAGCAGUAUUGAAGAUAGCAUUGAUGAAAUUGAAGCAGCUCUCCAACAGCUAAAAAAGGAGUUAGGGCUUUAAUAGUUAGUCCAGAAGAUCACACUCAUCAUAAUGUGUGUUUGUAUUCAUGAUGCUAAAAUUUUCCUUAAAAGAAUUUUCCAAAUUCCAGGUUCAGAGCAUCUAGGACUGCACGCUGAAGCUGUAACCUGUAAAUACACGCACUAUUUUUUUGCUCUUGUAACAUUCACCAGAAUUCAUCAAUUGAAUUUAUAGCUUUGCUGGCCUC